AAAUAGAAAUCUAUUGUGUGAGAGAGAGAGACAGACAGAGAGAGAGCGAAGAGAGUUUUCUGGGAAGCCAGUCGACCGCGAAGGGGACGAGGCUGACGAACAAAUUCUACGUUGGAAUCUCGCGCGGGGACGAUACACACAUGCAUUUCUAUGUAUCUAUUCAUCUCCGUUGCCGUGGUGUAGUGGAAAUGCUUCAAUAAUUGGACGUGGUCUAGGGCAAAAUCGUUUUCAAUUUCCCCCCUCUGCUUUUAGCUCAAGUGCCGUGUGCAUCAGACGCAAAACCCUAGGCGACAACCGCGGAGUCUCGAAGGGUCUUCUCUUUUUUCCACCCCAGGAGCGCAAUUAAUCGCAAUUGAGUAUUUUGAUUUUGGCAUGACUUGAUCGAGGGAAUGCUGGCUGGCUUUUGAAUUGGAAGUGCGUGGAUGCUGUUCCCAUCUUGUUCUCUUAGUCAAUGCGGAGUUUGAUUCUAUGGGAGAAGUUAAUGAAGGUGGGAUUGGUAUUACUGACAAAACUUCUCCCAGACGAGCAGCAAUUGAGAAAGUUCAAGUCGAGCUCAGGCAACAAUAUGAUUUUCGGGAGAAAAGGCAACGGGAGUUGGAGUUUCUUGAAAAUGGUGGAGAUCCCCUAGAAUAUUUCAAGGAUAGGAAUACUUUUUCCCUUAGUGUCCAGUCAACUUCAUUUACAGGUCAACAUCCUGAGCAAUAUGUGAGUGAAGCAAAAGGUAGUUUUGCAUUGACUGCAUCUCCUCAUGGAGAUUCUGUUGAAAGUAGUGGUAGACUUGGGGCAAUUCCUUGUGAGCCCAAUAGUGCGGAUAACCUUAUGUUAUUAGAGGCAGAACGUACAUUUUCUGAGGGCAAUAUAAAUUCAUCACAUCCCAGAAAGGGCGACACUUUGCUUUCUGCAAAGUUGGCUCAGGUAGACAAAAAGCAGAGAACUCAGGAAAGUGGGGAUUCCGCUGCUUUUUGCAUCCCUAGACAAGCUUAUAAGCGCCGGAACAGGUCCCGCCCCAAUCGUGAUGGAACUAGGUCAAGUUCGACCAGUGCUAAUCCAACUUGUGGCGAUCAUGGUUCCUCUUUACCUUCUCUUCAUGGCCCCACUGAAGUUAAGAAAUCAAUAUCAGAUGCUGAAAAUCAGAAAACGCCUUCAAAUUGUAGUAAUAAGUCGACAACUGCAGCAGAUGAUGCCUUUCAAAAUAUUGAAUCAACAGAGAAUAAGCAGGAUAAGUCAGUUGAUGGAAGGGCUGCUGAAUCAACUUCACAUCUUAUUGAAAGUGUUCCAACAGGUUUGGCAUCAGGUGCUAUUGCUUCUGCAACUGCACUGGAUGGUCAACAUAAUCCACAAUCAGGGGAUUUGAUAAUAUCUACCCAAGUGGAAUCUGAUGCACCUGAGGCCAUUCAGGCAAUGGAAGAGGUGACUUAUUCAGUUUCUGAGUGUCAGCAAAGUGUAUUAGCUGCUAAUGUUGAUAACCUUCCCAGUUCCUGUGAUAUGAAUGGUUUUGGAACCCAAAUGGAGGGGAUGGACAAUGAUUCUACAAAUAGCAGUUCUUUACGAGUCAUCAAGGGCUUGGAUUCUGCUUCACCUUACCCCCCAACCAGCUUAACUGUUGAUGGGAAUAGCAACAAUGAAUUAUGUACUAUAACGAGGAAAAUUGACUCAGAUGGGAUGAUUAAGGAUCAAACAGGUGUACCUGAUGGCACUCUAGUUGUCCAGGGUGAUGAAUUUGUACAAGAAAAAGAAACUAAUGGUGUUGAUAGCUCCACACUAGUCAAGUUGGAGGGCAAUCAUUCAUGCAAAGGUCUGGAAGAGAAUGGCUUUAAGAUCUUAGUUGGUGAAGCAGUAUGCUAUAGUGGAUCUGCUUCAAAAAAUGAGGUGAAGGAUAAAGUUGUUCGUGGAGGGAUGGAACCCAGUGAGACCACUCUUUCGGAAUCAGGGGGGAAAACCUCUGAGGUGUUGGAAAAUAAACAUGGGUCACAUAAUGGAAGUACUUUCAGUGUUAAGCCUCUGGAUUCUCCUGACAUUACAAUUCCUGGUCUUCAUGAUGGUGGUACUCCUUCCCAGCCACCUCAGAAAUCUUCUGGGCCUGACUCAGUUGACGAGGAGUCAAUCUUGAAAGAAGCCCGUAUUAUUGAGGCAAAGCGAAGGAGGAUCAUGGAGUUAUCUGCUGCUCCUCCUCCAAAGCUACGCCAGCUGAAAUCGCAUUGGGAUUUUGUGCUUGAAGAAAUGGCAUGGUUGGCCAAUGAUUUUGCACAGGAACGAAUAUGGAAAAAAGCUGCUGCUGCUCAAAUUAGUUCCCAAGUUGCUUACAAAUAUUCGUUACGAAAGCAAGAAAGUUCUUCUGGUUUGUUGGGAAAGAAACUUGCUCAUAACUUGGCAAAUUCUGUUCUGGAAUUCUGGCAAUCUGUAGAGGAGACAGGAAAAGUGGUGGAGCAGAAAAGUCAAGAUGAUGGAGAACAUUCUCUGAAGGCAUAUGCUAUAAGAUUUCUGAAAUAUAACAACAGUAUUGCUCAUACUAAAGCUGAGGUGCUUUCAACACCAGAUAGAUCAAUUGGUGUGGAAAUUCCUGACCUUUCGUGGGAGGAUAAAUUGACAGAAGAGAACCUCUUCUACACAGUGCCUCCUAUGGCCAUGAAGACCUACAUAAAAUCAAUUGAAUCAUUCGUGUCGCAUUAUGAGAGAAUUGGAGGAAACAUUCAAGAGGAGGUUGAAACAUCUGGAUGUGACGUUAUUUCAGAGAUUGAAUCUCAAGAUAAUGCUUAUUACGAGGAUGAAGGCGAAACAAACACAUAUGACAUUUUGAGGGCACCUUCAAGAAAGGGUCAAAAGAAGAGGAAACAAUUGACCCAUGCAUAUGACAUGAGAGCGUAUGAAGUUGGCUCAGAUAUGUUGGGUAUACACUAUUCUGAGACUAAACGUCUGACACAGCAAUCUGCUUUACCGGCAAAGCGGGCAGGUGGCAAUCUUAAUGUGUCAAUCCCAACAAAACGCGUUCGAACUGCUUCCAGGAGAAUUAUCAGCCCUUUCAAUGCUGGAACAUCUGGAGGUGUUCUGGUUUCAACCAAAACAGAUGCUUCUAGUGGUGAGAAUAAUUCAUUUCUGGAUGAUCAGGGUACUCCAUAUGGUGGAUCACUUAUUCCUAGUGGUUUGGAAGUUGAGUCAUUUGGGAACUUUGAAAAGCAGUUUCCAUGUGACUCUACAGAAAUAUCUACAAAACAUAAGAAGAAGAAGAAAGCAAAGCAUCUGAAUGUUGCAUAUGAGCAGCGAUGGCAGGUUGAUUCUUCUUUUCAGAAUGAACAGAGAGAUCACCUGAGGAAGAGUUAUCAGCUUCACACUAAUGGCGGCAGUGGCUUAUUAACUCAUCCCUCAAUGAAAAAGUCCAAGGGUAUGCGGCAAUCACAUGAUAACUCUGUUGAGAAUAUCACACCCGUUAGCGGGUCUGUUCCUUCUCCAGUAGCCUCGCAAAUGAGUAACAUGUCAAAUUCAAAUAAAUUUAUUAAAAUACUUGGUGGCCGUGACCGGGGUAGGAAACCUAAAGUUCUCAAGAUAACUUCUGGGCAACCAGGUCCAGGAAGUCCCUGGACACUUUUUGAAGACCAGGCUCUUGUUGUCCUGGUACAUGAUAUGGGCCCGAACUGGGAGCUUGUGAGUGAUGCUCUAAAUGGUACAAUGCACUUCAAGAGUACAUACCGCAAAGCUAAGGAAUGCAAGGAGCGCCAUAACUUUUUGAUGGAUAGAACUUCUGGUGAUGGAGCAGAUAGUGCUGAAGAUUCUGGGUCUUCCCAACCUUAUCCUUCGACUUUACCUGGCAUUCCCAAAGGAAGUGCCAGACAGUUGUUCCAGCGUUUGCAAGGGCCAGUGGAGGAGGAGACCAUUAAAUCUCAUUUUGAGAAGAUUAUCAUCAUCGGGCAGAAACAACAUUAUCGUAAAUCUCAGAAUGAUAAUCAGGACCCAAAACAACUUCAACCACCUCAUAAUUCUCACAUGGUUGCUAUCUCCCAAGCUCGCCAAAAUUUCCAUGAAGGAGGGAAUUUUACUCCUCUGGAUCUUUGUGAUGCUACCACGCCUGGACCUUCCACAGGGUAUCCAGGGCAACAUUCUGGUGGGUCAGCCAAUCCUAAUCAGGGUACUGCAACUCCUCUCCAUCCUGCACCUGGUGUUAGUUCUGUGUUGCAAGGAUCCCCAAAUACUAUGCUUGGCAAUAACUUAUCAUCAUCAUCAGCCACUCUUAAUUCGUCUGUCAGGGAUGGUAGAUAUGGGAUUCCUAGGUCUGCGUCAUUAUCAGCUGAGGAACAGCAGAGGAUACACCAGUAUAAUCAAAUGAUGUCUAGUAGAAGUAUGCCUCAAAUAUCUCCUUCUGGUACUCCACAAGGAAUGGAUCGUGGUGUUCGUCUCCUUCCUGGUGGUAGUGGCAUGGGUUUAGUAUGUGGCGUUAAUAGAAGCAUGCCAAUGAUGAGGCAUGGGCUUCAAGGUAUUGGUUCUUCUUCUAUUACAAAUUCUGGAAAUAUGGUUUCCUCAGGUAUGACAUCAGCUAGUGCGAACUCUGGUAUGGUUUCUGUGCACGGAAGCUCAAUGUUGAGACCUCGUGAAGCAUUGAAUAUGAUUCAGCCUGGCCUGAGUCAGGAUUCACUGCAACAAAUGAUGGUACCUGAUCUUCAGAUGCAGGUCUCACCAGGAAGUAGCCAAGGAAUAACCCACUUUGGUGGGUUGAGUUCCUCCUUUCCUAACCAGACUUCUCCCUCCUUGACGUCGCAUUCUCUCCAUCACCAACCACCACAUCCAAUGUCUCCGCAGCAGCCUCAAGGAUUUAGUGCUCAUGAUCUACAUAUUCAAGUACCAGGAAAUAAUAUCUCAAACCCACAGCAGCAGUCUUAUGCAGUUCGCGUGGCUAAAGAGAGGCCACAGCAUCGUUUUAUGCAGCAGCAGCAGCAGCAACAGCAACAGCAGCAACCACAAUUUGCAGCAUCUGGCCAACUGCAAACAGGCUCUGUACCAGCUUCACUAUCGCCUUUGGCAUCAGCAUCGUCUUUGAAUUCUAUUCCACAGCAUCAGCAGAAGCAUCAUGCGCCAUCCCAGGGAGUUGUACGUCAUGCACAAGGUGGUGGUAGUGGGAUGACUAAUCAACCCAACAAACAAAGACAAAGACAGCACCAACAGCUUUCUCAGGCUAACAGGCAACAUCCCCAGCAAAGGCAGCAGCAACAAGCUCAGCAGCCAUCUAAGCUUUCGAAGGGAGCUGGGAGAGGAAACCUGAUGUUGCAGCAGAAUAUCCCAGCUGACCCUGUUGCAGAAAAUGGAGUUUCUACAAACCCAGGGAACCAAUCUGCUGAGAAAGGAGGGGCCACACAUCAAAUGCAAGGCCAGGGCUUGUAUACUGCUUCAACACUAAAUGCUGUCCAACAACCAGCAAAGCAGUAUGGGGCUUCAAAAUCAUCCAACCAAUCCAUGCCUCAGCAAAAAAGGAAUUCUGGCCAGUCUAUCUCAUCAGCGAAACACAUAAACCAACCUUCUUCUCAUAUGGACGGUGGCAGCCGAAAUCAUGUUCCAGCAGUUGCUACAGGUCUGUCAGCUAGUCAACAGUCCACUGGUUCUUUGUCCAUGGCUGGUUUAAACCAUCUCCAGGUGCCACUGCUGUCGCAACAAACGCCAGAGAUUCCAAAGCACCUGGCUGUUCAAAGAUCUGGUCAACCUAAUGGCCAGGUCAAUACUGACUUAUUGAAUAAGCCAGAAGCCAGAGAUUCAGAUACUGAUAAGAAAUCAUUAAGUAGUUCUGCUGAGAUGGAUAAAACGGCAACAUUGUGUUCGGCUGCUAACAAUGCAAGAAACGUGGUUCAGGUCUCUUCAGCUGGUUCAGAACCAUUAUUGGAUCCACAGACUUCAAAUUCAGCAACGAAUUGUUCCUUGGCAUCAGCCCCCUCAGUUGCUAGUGCGUCUGCUCCUCAGGAGAACCUGGGGAUGUGCCAGAAACUGUCGUCAGCAAAAUUGCCAUCAAUUAGGCAUGACACUAGUACACAAUGGCAGCAUCAGUCAUCGCAACACCAGCAGCCAAACUCACCUGUGCUCCAGCCUCAGCAACACCAGCCGCCACUACAUUCUCAGCAGCAGGCGCAGCUUAUUAAAGCAGGGAAUGAUAAUUUGUAUAGUAGGGCUGGUGAACACAGAUUGGAAUGAAGCACAUCCAACAUUUGUGUACGGUGGUUGGUCCUACCCAAUUCUGAUCUGCAUGCUGUUGAAACACCGUGUACAGUCUGAAUUUUAGAUUUGAUAUCUGGCAAAAGAGAAGAAUGAAAAGGAAGCUGGUAAUAUCUUAUAUAUCUCUCUUCAAAUCAGCACUAAAAUUAUUCUCUAGCAAUGAGUGGCAACUUCUCAUUUGGCAAAAUCAAGAGUUGUCCAAGAAAUUUAUGAACGCGGGGCAUCGAAUUUUUGGAAGUAUUGUAUAUGGACAUUGCUGCCGUGUAGGGCUUGUGGGAAGACGAGACUGUAGAGGUAGUUGUACAGGGUCUCAUCUUUCCUUUGGCUCCAUUCCCUUAUUGUUUUAAUUUUGUUGCUCUUCUUUUUGGAUGGCUUGGCUGGCUCUAUUUGUUUUUGCCUGGUUAGGUCGCCAUGUAUUGUUUGUUGUCGUUGGUUGAUAUUAUUAUGGCCCCAAGGCUUUGGAAUUUUUGUGAAUAUAUAUUAGUCUCGUGUAUUCUCUAGCUAA